UAUGAGUAAUACAUUUAAGUCUGUAGGAAAUAAUCUAACUAAAGGUAAUGAUUUAGGAUAAACUGGUUAAAGUUUUGCUGGAUCUCAAAAUCCGGCUUCAUUAAAGGGAAAACUCAUGAGUUUAGAAGUAGAUUAUUAAAUAAUCUGUUAUUUAGGAAACUAUUAAAGGUAUUUAGGAUGAAAUGAAUUUUCAUAAAAAAGAAGUUCAAAUUCUUAAAUCUGAAAAAGAUACUUUAGAAUCUGUCUUAAGUAUGAAAACAUAAGAUGUCAAAAAAACUCUUACAAAUGAACUUAUGAGAAUUGAAGAAGAAAUGAAAAGGUAUCAAGAAUUUUAUAUAAUUUAGACAUUUUGCUCAUUAAAAAGCUGAAAAUUCAAGAUUAUAAUAAUAAAUUACAGCUUUAAAAGGAGAAAAGACUGCACUUUAAUAAUAAUUGUUAGGAUUAUAAAGAAGGAUUGCUGAAUUAGAAUUAUAAGUUGGUUAAGAAUAAGCAUGAGAAUAUUAAUUAUCAAAC